AUGGAUUCUGGGACACAUGGCAAGAAUGCGACGCACCCCUUUCCGAAGCCAGUCUCGACAGUCAAUUACGGACCCGAGCUACUGGUGACCGUGUGGGUCGUGACUGGGCUAUCAAUUGUGGCUGUCGUCCUGCGGUCUGUGAGCAAUUAUAAAUUCGGCAAUUUCCAGCUGAGUGAUCUGGUGACGUUAUUUGGCUUGGCUUUGCUCAUUACUGCCGCUGCGAUAUCCAAUAUAGCCGUUGAAUUCGGGUACGGGCUGGCUGCUGGAUCUCAGGGGCCUAAUCAUGAAGCCAACUCGCUCAAAUAUUCUGCCAUCGGCCAAGCCAUCGUCGUUCUGGCUGCGACAGCCGGACGCAUUGGUUUCAUUCUCUACUUGAUUGAGUUGCUCGCAGCUCGGGCACUGCAUAGAAUGGUGCUAUGGCUUCUUAUUCCUUUUCAGAUCGUCAUCAAUGCCGUGAGCGUGUUUCUGCUGUUCUUCCAGUGUUCCAUCCAUGUGGGAGAGCUAUUCCACCCAGGGAGGCAGUCGCAUUGCGAGUCGUUGGAUAUUCAGAUCAAAUAUGGUUAUUUCCAAGGAGGUAAGACCGGCUUCACUCUCCUCCUACCAGGCCCAAUUAUUGAAGAGAAAGUAGCAUUCAACUCCGCUUGUGAUCUUCUGCUCGCAGUCUUCCCCGUCUACAUAUUCUGGCGCUUCAACUGGACCGUCCGCGUGAAACUGGUCUUGAUCUCCCUCCUUAGCCUAGGAGUCGUCGCAAUGGCCGCCUCCCUCGUCAAAACAAUCGAAUACCCAACCAUCAUGCUCUCGCGCAACCCGCGCACUAACCGCGUCACCCUCCUGCGCUGGAUGUUCAUCGAAGCCGGCGCGGUGCUAAUCACCGCCUCGAUACCCUGCCUCCGCCCUCUUGCCGUCUGGCUCGUCCGGAAAUUCAUCACGCGCGUUCGCCAUCGAUAUAGACGACAUACGCGCAUCGCGAACGGCUCGAACACGCCCCUCAGCACUAUGUUUAAGGGUACCGGUCGCGGUAACGGGAAUGCCACUGCCAGUGCUAGUGCUAGUGCGACCCAAUUCAGCCAAGACUGGAAAACGAGAUGGAUCAUGCCCUACGUGCAGCAGCGGGAGGUGGUGGGCGAGGAUGGCGUCGAACGGCAUAUACUGGCGAAUAUCACGACGCAUAUAUUUGCGGGGGAUCGUGAGUUCUUGGAUCGGCAUACCUCUGGGGGGAUUGUUAAGAAGGUGGAGGUGGAGGUGAGGGUUGCGGAUGAGAUUCCGUUGACGGAGGGGGGUGGGCUAUGA